UUCUUCCCUCACGUGUAUUCUCUCCGAAAAAAAAACUGUCCACUCGUUGGUAUCGUCUUUACGCUCGUCAUUCUUUUCCCUUCAUUCAUUUGAUAGCCCUUGCUGCAUAUUCACUCCUUGAACUUCUUUCUGCUGGACACUCUUACGUGAUUAAAUCGUUCGCUGCUGUGCAAUUUUCCCGUGUUUUGUGACGUUGUAUCCACUACACGUGUGGUCCCAAUUAACCCUCGACAAAUUUGAUUGGUGAAUACCAUUCCUCUUGCGUCCUAGUACUAAUAAAUCAUCUAUCAGCACUCCUUUGAUUCCAGCUAUAGACUCUACUUUCGAUGUAUAACUUUCUCGCUUGCUCCUGACUCUAUGCUUAUUCGACUAGUUUCUCAUCCCAUGUCGUUUGCGGAAUCUAAUACCUAUCCUCGACGACCUACUGCCAAUCCAUCAGAUACGCUAACGUCAUCUCGACGGAACGCUCACACCACCGUAGUUACUGCUUCAUCAUCGACUCCAUCAACUACUUUGGAGAACGGCAGCCGUGACAUAAUUGCAAACGCGUCUAAUAAUACUCCACUCCUGCGUAGCCGGCCAAGUGAACCAAGAAAUACAUCCGAAUCCGUGCCUAUCCUUACAAAACCUACCAUCAACUCUCAUCUACUUAAUCGUUCGGAUUUUGGCACCAGGACGCUACUUACUUCCUCAGCUGGUUCAUCCGGACUACGACGGCCUGCUGCCUCACCAAUAACCCCAACAUCUUUUGAGGAGGAACCGAGGGGAUGGUGGACUGAUCGCCGUGCUACACCUGUUCAAACGACUGACGCUCGACAAGGUAGUGGCUCAGUCCCAGCCUUUCCUGUUGGAUUUGCGCCAUCAUCCAGGCACUCAAUCGAAAAGAUAAAUCAGUUUACGCCAGUUCCUCAAGCCUCAUCAUCGAGAUCGAGCACUAGCAUGUUGAGCUCCAGGUCACUGCGUUCCGCCGCCGAUUUCAUCGCUCCAAGAGCCGUAGCAUCGUCCUCGCCAGCGUCGCAGCUUCCUGGAGAAACUUCAAGUCCAAGUCACAAAUCGUCUAGACGACCUCCCGGCCGACAUGAGGAAGUUGCCUCAGGAAUGAAAUCAGAGUCAUUCAAAUCACAUAACAUGAAUGACCCCGUACCUACAACGAUAAUAACGACCUCUGAAUCUCCCUCUAAUUCCCGAACGUCAUCUGAGUUGAAUCCUACCCCAAAUUACAAACCUCCAUUGUUACAGCCGUCAAUACUACGCCAAGAUUCACGUCUGCCUUCGUCGACGCCCUCAACUACCAUGUCAACCCCUUCUUUGUCUCUACGAAUGCCACGCGUUCGCGGCGAAACUUUACCUGAACACAAAUCCUCAUCACACCCCAAUGCAUCUACUUUUGGAAAGACGGCCUCCGCAAAUAUCCUGUCGUCAAGACAAGCUUCUACGCCUAAUUCACGAUCCCUCUCUCUACCAUCCCUGUCUUCGACAACCACGUCUUCUUCACUUGGAGCUUCAGCGCCUUCUCAGACGCCGCCUUCAUCAUUGCCUUCAUCGUCCACUACUAGCUCACCCCACUCCAGGAAAGCAUCUGGUGACUUGUUACCUAAUCACACCCACGAGUCCCGCACGAAACCGACAUCGUCCUCUCCGGCGCUUGAUGCUAUUCCUCACAAACUUGCAUUGGAUGACAUGAAACGCCUGUUAUCCAAACCUGCGUCUAUUCUAUCAGGAUCUGAUUCAGACGGCUAUCGAUCACUGGGCCGCAGUGGAAAUAGAACUGUGGUGAGCAGCGAUGACGAUGUUGGCGGAGGCGGUUAUCGCAGCUCUCCGGGACGACUCAAUACCCAGGUCAGAGAGCGUCUCGGCGUCAGAGCAGGGGCGACUUCGGAAGGGGACGAAGAUCAUUCUUUUCUCAGUCUCGGCCAUACAUUGCCUCUGCCAACUUCGACGGCGGUUACACAGAAUUCCUCGACGGAUAAACGUGCAAAGAACGUCUUGAGGAGGAGGCCGAGCAAUGGCGCCAAGGCACCCAACCCAGCCAUAUUUCCGGCCUCGUAUACAGAGGCCAAACUGAAGCCACGAACUAGAGUGGCAUCGAGGUCAAGGUCACUUUCUACUAGUCCUCUACCACGCCAUCCCCCCAGCGGAAAUGAUGUAGAUACAUCCGGGUUAACACCCGCAAGGGCAGUAGCAAUGGCGUAUAAGCAGCAACAGUUGGAGGGGCUGAGGAGACAGAAGGAGGAAGAGGAAAAGGUCAAGAAAGAAAGCGAUGUGUCUACAUCCCCGCCCUCUUCGUCCGGGUCCUCCACUGACCAUGCUACACCGAAGGUUAGUAAUACCCCGGAAGCAAGUACAUCUCAUUUGCCGGAUAAUACCGUAUCUUCUUCAUCGUCCCCUUCUUUAGCGCCAUAUUACACUGUCUUUGGUUCAACUUCGGGCAAGGUGAUUGCUGUUGGUGGACCGGAGGAUUCGUGGUCAGAGUAUAGUCUUGGCCCCCAGCUUGUCAACGGGUUGGGUUCGGGCAUCGGGCAUCGCACCGCAAGUGUGUCCGUCGGUAAGCCCCGUACGUCGAAAAGUCUGAGCAGGUCGCUGUCACGUAAACUGUCGGGAAGGUGGCGGAAAGGCAGCAUGGGGGUACCAGACGAUGACAUGGAGUGGGAGAAGAUUGAACUUCCCUCCGUUGAUCGCGAACGUGAAAAAGACUUGGAACCAGGGCAGGGCCGUCCCAGUCUGCAGGAGCGGAGAGGGCAUCGGAAACCUGUUUUGAACGGUUCCAAGACUGAGGAAACCAAGUAUCUCCGAGUGUCAGUGGACACCCAAGCAGGACCCAUCGAUGAACCCACUAUGCCAGCCUCGAAGACGCCUAGGACGGCAACUCCGGCUAAAGACGCCUCCUUUGAUUCAGCAUUCAACAAUGUACUUGGGCCGUGGAAAUCUGAAACGAAGUCUGAACCAGGCAGCGGAGGAGGGAAGAAAUUGUGGAAGCUGAUAAAGCGCAUUAGCACAAGUGGCUUACGGGACAAAUUCUUGGAUUCGCCUUCGGAUUCUCCGUCAAGCAGUCCACCACCUGUUCCUGCGCUACCCAAAGAUUAUGCUUCAAUGAACUACGGCCCAAAAUCAAUGGAUGGACAUGGAAGUGCUCCUCAGGCUGGAGCAUUGUCGAGAAUCAUGCAAACUCGAACGUCGAUUUCCGGUGGUCGGCCAUCACAAUCGCCUAAAGAAGGCCCCGCGAUACGUCCUCUGCAUCCCGUCCCUGCCACUUCUUCAAAUUCACUUAGAGGUCACAGACCGAGUAUCACAACGCGCUCGUCUUCUCCUGGGUCUUCAGAUGUCGCGUCUUCAAAGUUUUUCCAGCGAACACAAUCCCAGCGAUCGUCGUCAUCAUCAUAUGGCGAUGAAGUUCCACCUCCUGUUCCUGACACUGUUGUCGGUCAACACAUCAUUCCCCCAAGCGAGCUGUACAAAUUGACCAAGAACAUGCCUGCUGAAGAGGACGAUUCCAAGUUUCGUCAUCGAAAGUCGCUAAGCAAGGUUGUCCAGCACUCAGUGCGUACAUCCACAUCAUCACUGGAAAGCUGGGUACCUACUGCUGAAGGGCCUUUACCAUCUUUACCGACACCUCCCAGAACUGCAUGGAAACCACCAAACGACUCAGUCCGAGCUUCGCCUACAAUCCCAGAGUUCUCAACGUCAGCGCCUAUCAAUGCUUUCAUAGGUCGUAGACCAUCUGCUGUGGAAUCCGCCUCUACUGAUAUCGCUGCUGAUUUGAAAUCCACGCCUUCUCGAACUUCUCGUAGUCUGCAUAGACUCAGUCCCAGUGCGUCGAAGAUAUCAUCCCCUAUCCGAAGGCUGCCUUCCAUACCACGCUUGUCCUCACCUCCACCUAUUCCCGACACUCCUACUAACCCGAACCGCACAUCCACUUCCUCGCAUGCAACAGCUCGUCCCCGCUCCUACGCAAGCACCCUUACUACGUCGCCAUCACCUACAGCUCAGUUCCGUGACCGAGCAACGAUAAAACCUGCUUGGACCGAGCAAGAAAAGACAGAUAUGUGGAAUGAUCUGUUGGAGAGGAGUGCUCGAGCAGGAGGAACGCUUCAUCUAAGAGGUGAUCAUGGCCUAGCAUCGGAUCAGUUGCGAUUCUCAGCCGCAACCGUGAGCGAUAGUGAGGUUGAAUGAAAUUUCCGAUCUUGGUUUACUGCCUCCACUUUCAUUUCACUUUUUACAUAUUGUAUUAUCAUACCUUCUCAACGCUUUCAUUGUUUGAGAUACCGUACACCCCCAUUUUUGUGUGCGCAUAUACGCUUUUAAAGCUGCAUUCGAUAUAUUUUUAGAGUAGCUCUUCUUUGUAUAUAGUAGUUGGAGUCCCUUGCUGUCAUCAUCUACGUUACACAUCGCGAGGAACAUCACUCCCUCUCAUAUCAUUCAACUGUACAGAUACCAACCCCCCUUCACCUAUACCCUUUCACUCCCGUAUAAAAACCAUGUACUCCUGAGAAUAAUGGUACGCGUUAGGGAUGAGAAAUUGAAUUUCAAUCAGAUCAGACGCGUUUGUAAGUGAUCACGUUCUUGCAGAGUAUUUACGUCUCCACGUCACCACCAUCUUCUCACCGUAUUUCAAGUUCGAACUUGUAGUUC